UGGAGGGAGCCUCCGGAACCAGCUCAGCAUGGUGGAGUUCGCACCCUUGUCGGUGCCGUGGGAGCGCAGGCUGCAGACCCUCGCGGUCCUUCAGUGGGUCUUCUCCUUUCUGGCCUUGGCCCAGAUCUGCAUCGCCAUCUUCAUAGGCCUCCUGUUCACAAGGUUCUGGCUCUUCUCUGUCCUAUAUGCCACCUGGUGGUACCUGGACUGGGACAAGCCUCGGCAGGGAGGCCGGCCCAUCCGGUUCUUCAGACGCUUGGUCAUCUGGAAGUACAUGAAGGACUAUUUCCCUGUCUCUUUGGUCAAGACGGCUGAGCUGGACCCUUCCCAGAACUACAUCGCAGGCUUCCACCCCCAUGGAGUCCUGGCCGCAGGAGCCUUUCUCAACCUGUGUACUGAAAGCACGGGCUUUACCUCACUCUUCCCAGGAAUCCGCCCUUACCUGAUGAUGCUGACCCUGUGGUUCCGGGCCCCCUUCUUCCGGGAUUACAUCAUGAGUGGGGGGCUGGUCACAUCCGAAAAGGAGAGUGCUGGUCACAUCCUGAACAGGAAGGGCGGUGGGAACUUGCUAGCCAUCAUCGUUGGGGGCUCCCAGGAGGCACUGGAUGCCAGGCCUGGAGCCUACAGGCUGCUGCUGAAGAAUCGCAAGGGUUUCGUCAGGCUUGCCCUGAUAUAUGGGGCAGCCCUCGUGCCAAUCUUCUCCUUUGGGGAGAACAACCUGUUUAACCAAGUUGAGAACACAUAUGGCACCUGGCUGCGCUGUGUCCAGAACCGACUACAGAAGAUCAUGGGCAUCUCUCUCCCUCUCUUCCAUGGCCGCGGUAUCUUCCAGUACAGCUUUGGGCUCAUGCCCUUCCGCCAGCCCAUCACCACCGUAGUGGGGAAGCCCAUACAGGUGCAGAUGACACCACAGCCCUCAGAGGAGGAGGUGGACCAGCUUCACCAGCUCUAUAUCAAGGAGCUAUGCAAGCUCUUUGAGGAACACAAACUCAAGUUCAAUGUCCCCGCUGACCAGCACUUGGAGUUCUGCUAAGCGACUCCAGCCAGAGGACAGCUGCAUCCGAGAGCCUGCAGGAGUGUUGUGAUUAGGGGGGGACUUCCACAAAGCAGUGUCCAGUGCACUGGAGGUGCUGUGGUGAGAGGGGACUUCCACGGCCACCCUGGACUCCUAGGAACUCAGCUCCAGCUGGCAAGAUGGGAGAGGAGGCGGAUCCUAGCCCUGGGACUUGCAGCGGCAGCCAAAGCUCUGCGGUCUCCCUGUCCCUGGCCUGUCUGCCCAUCUGUAGGAUGGGGAAGAAAAGCAAGUAGAGAAUCAUUUCUGAGGUCUCCACCCACAGUUCUGAUGUCACUCAAACAUGACCAAAGGACAGCCAGGGAAAAGCAGAACACAAUUCUUCUUCCCCUACCCUCGAGUGACAGUGUGAAAGAAGCCAGCACCCCAGGCCUCCCCUGUCCAUGUCCCUCAUCCUGCUCCCUGAUGUCCCUUCUUCCCCUCUGAGCUGGAGAGAGGUGUAGCUAACUAUGCCCUGGCACCCAUCCUAUGUUCCUUCUAGAUCCUGGGUCCUCUGAGCUAUGACAUCGAUACCAAAGGAGCCCAGAAGGGAGUUAAGGAAGGCAGAGCUCAGUCCUCCUUAGCUACCUGACUAUCACUGAGGGUAGGUCUCCUUGCCAUCCUUCUGAGUCUCAGUUUCCCCAGCCUUGACAGCCUGGGAGCCUCGGUGCUCACAUCACAUGGGCUCUAUUAGGGAGCCUCUUACUCAUGCUUUAUAACGAACUCCAGCCCCUGUCUUGGCACAAAAGGGCAGCUCCAUACAUGUUACCUCA